CGCAGUUAAUAUCAGUGCAGUGGUGGCGCUACACAACGAGGGUUAGGAAUUCAAAGUUAUGACGUCAUGAAAAACUAAGUAACUGCUUUAUAAACUAAGCUAAAAGCUAAAACAUUUACAAUGCAUACUUUUAAAAAUGCAUUUUAAUAUCAACUUCGCAUCCAACACGAACACGAUGUUAAUUCUCUAGCCAAGACGAUUUUCGUUUAAAUUAAUUUAAUUCUGUAUUAGAUGUGUGAUACUUUAUGUGAGUCUUUGCGCAUUUAGAUAAUCUGAUUUAAAAUGGAGUUGAGUGUUGGGAAGUAUGCACUGUCAAAUGAUAUUACAGAAAAAAUUGAAAGCGUGAGCAAUAGUGAAAGCUCUAAGCAAAUUAUUGAUGGUUUAAAGCAUUCAUCAAAAGAAAUAUAUGAUCACGUCUACAAAAAUAAUAUUUUGGUUGAGUGUCAAAGCAAAGCAUUGAGAAAACUUCUCAUUGAUGGUUUUGAUUCUGAACAAAUAUUUCAACAAAUUGAGCUUCAAAAUAAAAGUGCCUUUGAACACUUUAAUAAGUGUGUUUCAUUUAUAGAUGAUGAAUAUACUUGUACUAAUGGCAAUCAUCUUAAUUCAUCUGAUGAUGAAAUUAAAGUGCAAACAUAUUCCAAGUCUGAACUCUCUGAGGAUAAAGAAUAUGUUUUUGAUGAUGAUUCUGAUUUAUCAGGUGAUGAUUUUCCUAUUCCUGAAGCUUCCACCCGAAAAAUUGACAAAUCUGCUGAUAGUUUAAAUCUAUCCAAUAGCGAUGAAGAAGAUGGCGACUUUUUGGAAAAUAUGUCUCAGUCAGAAGAAGAAGAGGAAAAUGUAGUUGAAGUUAAGAAAAUGCACAAGAAAGAUGAGUCCAAGGAAAAACACCAUGAGAAAUUUCACUCUGUAGUUGAUGACCAGUUUUUUAAGUUAUCAAAUUUGGCGCAGUUUUUAAGGGUUGAAGACAUAAAGGCUGAACACGAAGAGGAGAAGAGUGAUGACGAAGGUAUUAACUAUUUUGAAGAUAUGCUAUCAGACAAUUUUGAUGACUCAGAAGAUGAGAUGGAUGAGGAGGGUAUUGAAAAUAAAGUAACGGUAAAUUUUAAUUUAUCAUUAAAUUAUAAAUUUAUGUCUAAAAAUUAUUUCGGUAUUUAUAGGGAUGAGGAUGAUGAUAAUGCAAAUGACAUAUUAAAUGAAAUAGAGCAAGAAGAAGAGAAUAAUUCUAAUCUGACACCAAAGACUCCUUUUGAGAUUGAGCAAGAAAAGAUAAAGAAAACAGUACAUGACUUUGAGGAAAAAAUGAUACAAAAGCCAGACUGGCAUCUAACUGGUGAGGUUACAGCAAGUAGUCGUCCAAAAGACAGUCUUCUUCACCAGGAUACAGAUUUUGAUUCAAGUGCUAAACCAGUACUUGUUGAAGAUGAAGAUUUACUCAAUAAAACAGAAAAGGCUAUUAUAUCAAUUAUUAAAAACAAGGCAUAUAGUGAUGGACAAAGAGUAGUAAAGCCUAUUAAUGAUUUUACUUCAUCGAAGAAAGAGAUAGUAUUAGACCAAAGCAAAAGUAAGAAAAGUCUUGCACAGGUUUAUGAAGAAGAUUAUCUCAAGAAAAAAUAUGGUGAACAAGAACAAGAGAAUCCAAAACAUGUGGAAAUUAAAAAAAUGAUGGAUUUCGUUUUGCCAGAACUACAAGCUUUGUUCUGUCAUAUUCCUAAACCUGCCAUACCAGAUAUUAAAAUAGUAAGCAAUUUACCUGCCAUAACUGUGGAAGAAGUUGCUCCAACUAGCAUUAGUGAUGUCACAUUAUUAGCACCCGAAGAAAUCAAAAAAAAGACAGGCACAGUAAAAGGCCAAAGUGAAAGAAGCGAUAGUGACAGAAAACGAGAGCGUCGAAAGAAAAAGAUGUUCCAAAGAAUGAAAUUCAAGAAAAUGGAAAAUGAUGGCACAGGUCUAAAUCUUUCCGGAAAGGCUAGCAAACUAGAUAAAAUGAAUACAUUGAAAAAAUUAAAACAAAAUAGGAAUACAAAAUUACUUGAGGUUGGUGAAGAAAAAAUUAAAUCAUCUAAAGAUUUCUUUUCACGACUUCAAGAUUCUGUUCAUUCCGAGGGAAAACCUUCUCAUUCUAAGAAAAAAAGGAUAAAAUAAUUCUGUAAAAUAAAACUUGUAUGAUAUCUGUUUUUAUAUAAAUUCUUCCUAAAUAGAAA